AUGAGCGCCGCCGUUGUCGUCCUCGAGUCUCUCAACCAGUUCGUCGUGAACGCGUCUAGCGCCCGCGACCUCGUCAACGACGCCGCCAUUACCAACAUCAAGGACCAGGGUGCUGCCAUCGAGUACAGCAUCAACGGCGCCUACUUCGGCCUGCAGGGGCUGGAACUAUGCGGUCGCGCAGGUAAGCUGGUCAACAAGUCGCCCCUUGAUGAGAAUGUUGCUACGCGCGUGCUGUUUGCGUUCGGCGACUACGUUCAGGUCUACGUCGGCCUGAUGAUCGCUCUUGUCGAUAAGCAUGACGUGCUCGUCUCCUCGGGCAGCCCCCUCGCCCCGGACGGCGCCAUCAUCGCCAAGGAGAUUGCCGACCUGCAGUACGAGCUCACGAACUACCAAGGCUGGCUCAACGUCCUCCUCCCGGCGCAUCUCACCGAGCUGGCCAAUUUGAUGAAGCAGGUCAACGACGCGUUCGCCAAGGCCGCCGCGAAGUACACGAAGUGA